AUGUGCUCGCCUGAGGUGAAAGAACGCUGGUUAGAUACUCUUCACAGACAAAUUAAAGACGCAAAAGCGAGAACUGGUUGUGCUUCUUCUCCUCCAGACGUCCUGAUGAAGGUGUUGAGUGGCAGCAUCGCAACUAAAACUCUAACAGGAGGUGGCAUGGAGCAACUAAUUGAGCUUCCACUUGAGGGCGGUGCAAAGAUCUCUGCUCUGUCAAAACAGUUGAAUCAAGAGGAGAGGCUGACACAGCCCAUUGAAACCAAGUGGAACCUGGUGAGGAAUAAGAUGAGGCUCAGAAAGGGUUCUACCAGCAAAGCAUCCCGGACAGACACAGACACCAAGAAUCAGCUGUUUGGACAAUCCCUCUGCAAGACAUGCCCAGAUGAAUACUCGCUUCCCAAACCCAUCACUGAUCUGCUGGUGCUUCUGAGGAAAAGAGGCCCGUCCACAGAGGGGGUGUUUCGGAAACCGUGCAACAGCAAGAACAUGAGGGACAUGAGAGAGCAGCUGAACAGCGGUGUGGAGGUGGACUUGGAUGGCCAGCCGGUCGUUCUGCUCGUUGGACUGCUCAAAAGCUUUCUAAAGGAGCUUCCUGGCAGCCUGCUGAGGUCUGAACUUUACGACAAGUGGAUGACAGCUCUUGACAAUGAAGACACCCAGGAGCGAUCUCUGGAAAUUACAAAGGUAGUGGAUGAUCUCCCGGGACCCAACAAACUCCUCCUGCAAUACCUAAUCUGCGUGCUGCAUCACAUCCUUGAGAGCGCAGACACCAACAAGAUGGAUGCUCACAACCUGGCGGUGUGCAUCGGCCCCACUCUACUGCAGCUAGAUGACACCCCGCUGGAUGGGCAAAGGGAAAAGAUGCAGAAGGUCACAGAGCUAACUCAAUUUCUGAUUGAGAACUGUGAGAUUCUUGGAGAGAAUAUCCCAAGUUUGCUGGAUACUGAUGAAGACUCUCUGUCCUCUCUACAUCAUGACUCUGCAUAUGAUAGCACAGACCCAGAUGGAGAAGUAGAGGGAGGAGAGAGGAUCAGAUACACACCUGAAGAACGUGGCUCAUCUUCCUCAUGUUCUUCACUCACUCCCAGCACAACCACCUCGUCUUGGCAAUCUGAUGCUGCCUUACACACAAAAGCAAAUUUUAAUCGUCGCUGCUCUGAACCCAUCAUCCUCCUUUCUGCUAAUCUUGAUGCCAUGUGCUGCCAUGCCAGAAGCCACGAUGACUGUUCUGUGGAAAGGGGAAACUUUGACGAGCAGCCUCUAAAGAAGCAAAUCUCUGACGACUCUUUCUUGCUCAGAAGCCGAGGUGGAGCCAAGUCAGUUUUGUCUUUUCCAAAACUGAGCUGCAGCUCCAACACAGAUCUGCUGCCCUACAUGGGCAAGGACUGUUCAUGCUCUUCACUGGAGAGCGCUACCUCUAACCAUUCAGAGGGUUCUGUUUUCACCAGUUCCCCAUCGGGGUCACCAGGAUCCACCAGGAGAGUAAACACCACCAGUCAGCCUUCAGUGGCAACAAAUGCUAAGCAGGACAUUCCCAGACCAAUUUCCGAUGAGAGGAAGCGGUCACAGUCUAUGAGGGUAGCUACUAAGGUCCUAAUGAGGACCAGGAGCUUAGGAGCUUUUGGCAGGAGCAGCCUGAAGAAAGACUCUCAGAAGGAAAACUCCUUCCCCUGUGAGACUCUCCAGGAGGACUCCCAGUGUGAAGCAGAUUCACCAACUGAGGUUUUGCACAAACAACGCCCACUGUCUGCAAUCGAAGUGUUUAAGAUGGUGGACAGCAAGCUGCCUUGCAGGCCUCCAUCAUACGAGCAGGCUAUGCAGAAUGCAGGCCUCCCUCCAAAGUAUGGCUUAAUGACUGUACAAGAUGCAGUCCAGAGAAGAUCCCGCCCUUCCUCUGUAAAUUAUGACUUACCCAGUACCUACUCUGUCAGAGAGUAUAAAUUUAAUCAGGACUGUUUUACUCAAGCAACACAGGAAGAUGUUGUGCGACAGCAGCCUUUUCGCCAGAGAGCCAUGUCUGAGUCUGUAUCUGCAGGCCAGAAUGAGGGUCUGUCUCGAAGAUGCAGCCAGCCUGUGUUUGAUGAAUUUUCUUACGCUAAAGAGUCGUAUGUGUGACUGACUGUGUAACAGUUCUGCAGACUGCAAUUUAGUAUCACUGGGUGAAGCUAAAGCGAGCACUCCAAUCCAGCAAACCUCUGAUUCCUUCAGAGCUUCAGUCCUGGAUUUAAAAUGUUUAAAUACAUACUGUUAAACUAUGUUUAAUAUAGUUGGAUUGCUUUAUUUCUAUUAGUGGCAAGAGCACUUGACCUUACUCCUUAGCUUUUUACCAUGCGUGUUUGUCACAGCUGUGCCCACAGAAGCGUUCUGUUUCAUAUGAGUGUUUUUAUUUGUACAUAAAGUCAAAUCUUUCUAUUUUUCACAGUUUCUGUUUGAGUGAAUGCCAGUUUUGUGCUGCCUGUGUGGUUGCACAUUCUCAGUAGUGCUAUUAAAAGUACAAAUAUAACAUUACACGUUAUUAAGAUAGAUAUUUAGUCUAUCACAAUGAAGCUAUAAACACAGUUAAGUGUGGAUAAUAUAUGCUAUGAGUAUUUUCUUUUGUAUCAUUAAUUUUGUAAUUUUGCUUUUUGUAAAUGCACUUCACUUUGCAGGGUCUUCUUCUUCCACUACACUAAAGCACUUUUGAUGAUGAUUAACUAUGCUUUUAUAAUUUGUAUGCUAGAAUAAAAACAGCAACAGACUUAAUUGUAAAUAUGUCAAUGGACCUUUCUGAUUCCUGGAAGUUGAUAAAAAUGGUUUAAAGUAAACACAAAGAAAAAUAAAAGAAACAAAAGUGUAGAUAAG